GUUUUUUCCCUUGAAAACAAACAUCAAAGAAAGAAACAAAAUUUAUUGUAGCAUACGAAUUACUAAUUAUGCUUUUUAUUAAAAAGGUCCAAGCAAGAUAGCUCUUGAAGCAAUACGGCGUUACCCAAACCUUGCACGUGUGAUUAUAAUUGUUGUCAUUUUUGAAAAAUGCAAUUGUUCGUUGCAGCAACUAUCGCUAUUUCAGCCUGCCUCCCCGGUGCACUCUCUCUGGACGUUAGCGGAAGCACCAAAUUCCAAUCAUCCAGCAAACGCGGACUCAUAUAUAUUUCCUCCUCGGAGCAUCCUUCAGAUUCUCAGAUAUGGGUUGAAGCGGGUUCGGAUUUAACAUGGUAUUACAACUACGGCUCAACACCAACGGAUGCCUAUUCCAACCGCAGCCAGGCUAACUUCAAAUUUAUACCUAUGCUCUGGGGAUCAUCAAACAGUUCAAGCUUUGCAUCUGGAGUUAAGUCGUUAAUUCAGGAUCAAGGGAGAAAUAUUACCCAUGUUCUUACGUUCAACGAGCCCGACGGCUCGACACCAACGGGCGGGAGUGAUAUCGAUCCGGCUACAGCCGCGAGUAUCUGGAUUGAUGAUGUUGAGCCUCUCAGUGAGCUGGGUGUGAAGCUUGGUGCGCCUGCUGUUACAGGCAGCAAUAGUGGGAUGACAUGGUGGAGCGAAUUCUUUGGUAACUGUUCCUUGCUGAAGACCAAUUGUACCCCGGACUUCAUCCCAAUCCAUUGGUAUGGUGAUUUCGCGGGACUCGCAAGUCAUAUCGGACAGGUCGUUGAAGCUUACCCGAACACCUCAAUAUGGGUAACAGAAUAUGCAUUGCAAGAUGCAAGUCUUUCGGACUCGCAGUCCUUUUUCCAAACAUCAGCUGAGUAUUUCGACCGUAUUGACUAUAUUGAACGAUACUCUUACUUCGGCUCUUUUCGUUCGUCUGUCUCUAAUAUAGGUCCCAAUGCGGCAAUGUUGACGCAGGACGGUAAACUUACCGAUAUUGGAAGCUGGUACUUGGGCGGUGCAGCGACAGGAAACGUGCCUAGUUCCAGUAACUCUAGUGACAGCAGUAGUUCUAGUGAUAGUAGUUCAAUACUCUGGGGAGGCCGUCGCCACAGCGUCAAGGCGGUAACGGCUGCGACUGCAUUAGCAGUAUUUGUUUUUGCUUUUUGAUUAUACAGAGUAAUUUUAGCCUUGAGCCAUUAAAAUAAAAAUCUUCUACCAAAAGCGGAUGCGUUUGCAUGAAUAGUCAAAUGGGACUAAUUCGACUGCAGAAGUAUUCCUGGCUAGAGUGCAG